UUGGCGCGCAGGAACCCCCACCUUAGGGUUUUUCUCGGUCCAAAGCUGACGGCGAAUGCCACCUCCAUGAACCUUUCCUACUCCCUCUGGGACCCUUCUUCCAUGGCUCUCUCUUCUGGACUCCGCUUCUCCUCAAUCCUACUCCGCUACCGCCCUUCGCUCCCCCUUGCCUCGACCCUCUUCUCCAACAGUCUCCCCCACAGACGCUCCGAGCUCCGUUUUCUCUCCAGCUCCCCCUCCUCUUCCUCCCCUCCGUCUCGUACCCUUCGGUCGGCUGCCAUUAAAUCGAGGCGCAGCGACAAUGCGGAGGGAGAUGAGGGGCAGGAUGGCAACGGUAGCGUGCUAGUCAAGGGCGGAGUUGGAAACGCCGGUGGUGAUGGUGGUAGAGUCGUGCCAUCCGAGCUCCACAAGGAGGCCACGGAGGCCUACAUGGCCUACGCCAUGUCAGUCCUCCUCGGCCGCGCUUUGCCCGACGUUCGCGAUGGUCUCAAGCCUGUUCACCGUCGAAUCCUAUUUGCAAUGCAUGAAUUGGGCCUUUCAUCACGAAAGCCAUUCAAGAAAUGUGCUAGAGUUGUUGGAGAGGUUCUAGGAAAAUUUCACCCACAUGGAGACACCGCUGUCUAUGAUUCCUUAGUGCGAAUGGCACAGGAUUUCUCCUUACGAUGUCCACUAAUCAAUGGGCAUGGGAAUUUUGGUUCAAUAGAUGCUGAUCCUGCUGCUGCCAUGCGUUAUACAGAGUGUAGGUUGGAGGCACUCACAGAAGCAAUGUUAUUGGCAGAUUUAGAACAAGAUACAGUUGAUUUUGUGCCAAACUUUGAUAAUUCACAGAAGGAACCAUCACUUCUACCUGCUCGGCUUCCAACUUUGUUGUUGAAUGGUUCUUCUGGGAUUGCGGUUGGCAUGGCAACCAACAUUCCCCCUCAUAAUCUUGGGGAGUUGGUAGAUGUUCUCUGUGCAUUGAUUCAUAAUCCUGAAGCUACACUGCAAGAAUUGCUGGAAUACAUGCCUGGGCCUGAUUUUCCAACUGGGGGACUGAUUAUGGGAAACAUUGGCAUCUUAGAGGCUUAUCGAACUGGGCGUGGACGUGUUACAGUCAGAGGGAAAACUGAUGUUGAAGUGCUUGAUUCUAGAACAAAACGAGCUGCUAUUAUCAUAAAAGAGAUUCCUUAUCAGACCAACAAAUCUGCCCUCGUGGAGAAGAUAGCUGAACUUGUGGAAAAUAAGAGCUUAGAUGGAAUAAGUGAUAUUCGGGAUGAAAGUGAUCGAUCUGGAAUGCGUAUUGUCAUUGAGCUAAAGCGGGGAUCAGACCCAUUGAUUGUCCUGAAUAAUCUUUACCGCCUCACAUCUCUUCAGUCUGGUUUCAGCUGCAACAUGGUUGGAAUUCUUGAUGGACAACCUAAGCUGAUGGGUCUGAGGGAACUACUACAGGCAUUCUUAGAUUUUAGAUGCUCCGUCAUUGAGAGACGUGCUAGGUUUAAGCUUUCUCAAGCACAGGAAAGAAGGCAUAUAGUUGAGGGUAUUGUUGUCGGGCUUGAUAAUAUUGAUGGAGUAAUUCGUAUAGUAAGGGAAGCUUCAAGCAAUGCAGCUGCAUCAGCUGGUUUAAGGAAUGAGUAUAAUCUUUCAGAAAAACAAGCUGAAGCUAUACUGGACAUGAACCUUAGAAGACUCACCCUUCUUGAGAGAAAAAAGUUUGUUGACGAAAGUAAAUCGUUGAUGGAACAAAUAUCUAAGUUAGAGGAACUUUUAUCAAGCAAGAAGCACAUAUUACAGGUAAUAGAGCAAGAAGCAAUUGAGCUUAAAAACAAGUUUUCCAGUCCUAGGCGUUCAAUGUUGGAGGACUCUGAUAGUGGACAACUCGAGGACAUUGAUGUUAUUCCAAAUGAAGAAAUGCUAUUGGUGCUUAGUGAAAAAGGUUAUGUUAAGCGGAUGAAGCCUAACACCUUUAAUCUUCAAAAUCGUGGAACAAUUGGUAAAUCCAUUGGAAAGCUGAGAGUAAAUGAUGCCAUGUCAGACUUUAUUGUUUGUCGAGCACAUGACCAUAUCCUGUAUUUCAGCGAUAAGGGAAUAGUGUACUCUGCUCGUGCAUAUAAAAUUCCAGAAUGCACUCGGACUGCUGCUGGCACACCACUCAUUCAGAUCUUAUCUUUAACUGAUGGUGAGAGAAUAACAUCUGUUAUUCCUGUGAGUGAUUUUGCUGGAGAUCAGUUUUUAUUGAUGCUCACCAUGAAUGGCUAUGUCAAGAAAGUAUCUUUGAGUUCUUUCUCAUCCAUCAGGUCGACUGGAAUCAUUGCAAUUCAGCUGGUUCCCGGGGAUGAGUUAAAGUGGGUCCGUUGUUGUACGAAUGAUGACCUUGUGGCCAUGGCUUCACAGAAUGGAAUGGUCACUCUAACCUCCUGUGAGACUAUUCGAGCACAAGGCCGAAAUACUAGGGGUGCAGUGGCCAUGAGACUAAAAGGAGAGGAUAAGAUAGCAAGCAUGGACAUUAUACCAGCAGCUAUACGGAAAGACUUGGAAAUGGUGACAGAAGCUAACCCAAGCAGCAGUAAACGCCUCAGUGGCCCAUGGCUGUUGUUUCUGUCCGAAAGUGGUUUUGGAAAGCGGGUGCCGUUGAGCAGCUUCCGUGCUUCACCUUUGAACAGAGUUGGUUUGAUUGGAUACAAGUUUUCAGCAGAGGAUCGCUUGGCUGCAGUGUUUGUGGUUGGGUUUUCAUUAGCGGAAGAUGGUGAAAGUGAUGAACAAGUGGUUCUUGUUAGCCAAAGUGGUACGGCUAACAGAAUUAAGGUUCGGGAUGUUUCAAUACAGUCUCGCUAUGCAAGGGGAGUUAUCUUGAUGCGGCUAGAUCACACUGGAAAGAUUCAGUCUGCAUCUCUAAUCUCAGCAACAGAUACUGACCCUGAGGAAGAAACAGCUUCUGAAGCUGCUGCAGUACAUGGCCAAGUUUCACUGGGAGCAUCUGCAUAGUUCCAAGGGCUGCUACAAAGCUUUCAAUAUAAUUUAAAUAUGUAUCAACAGGUACUGUGCCAGCCGAGGAGGAUCUUCAUCCUAUUCCAUCUCAUGUAAGUGACUGAUCAUGAUAGUGAAAUCUUUUGUUCAUGUAGCUGUAGCAUUAGUUAAAGUAGGACUGCUCUGUACAGUUUGUAAUUUUUCGAACCAUUUCCAUUGAUGAAAAAGAUGUUUUUCAAUA